GGCAGGUUUCGGUGUAGGUUGGCUUAUAACUUUCUGCGCCCUACUUUCCACAUUGAAAUCCCUGAACGGGUGCUUUAUUUUGGAAAUUGCUCGGCCCAUAUUUAAGAGUGUGAUAAUGAUUAAAUUAUUUAGCAAACUUACAGUUAAUUAGUGCAUUUUUAAUUUAAAUUAAUACAUUUUCCUGCUUGUGGCCUCCUAGCACAGCAAAGUUCAAAACUUUUUGUGAGGUUAUGUUAUGUCAUAGGGUUACGUACGAUUAGUAUGAAGUUAGCAACAAAUAACUUUGGCAACGUCGGACGAAAGUUUAGUUAUUUCUAUUUGCAUUAAAUAAUAAUUGUUUAGUCAUUUUGCAAUUAAUUGAUGGUAAAAUUAUUGCCUUUCUGUUGCAUUUUCUCGUAUUUUUUUUACAAAUUAUUGAAUAAAAAGUAAAUCCCAAAGCCAACUACACGUCACAAGAAAUGUCACCAGUCACUUUUUUGACACCUGACAUUGUCAUUUGAAGAAAUCGCACAUCCCAAGUCCCCUCAAGAUGGCGACUUUUCCACAAUAAUUUUUUGAUUUUUGUAAAAAAGUGUGUAUUAUUAAACAAUUUAAGAUGAACUUUUAACGAGUGCUAGUGUUGUGUCUUGGUUUUAUCUACACGAAGCAAUAUUAGAAUAAAAUGGAAGCUGUGAAGGCCUUUAAUGCGGAGCUCUCGUCUCUGUACGAGGUCAAGCCCCCAAUCUCCAAAGCCAAAAUGACCGCUCUGACGCGAGGCGCCAUCAAAGCCAUCAAGUUCUACAAGCACGUCGUCCAAAGCGUCGAAAAGUUCAUACUCAAAUGCAAACCCGAGUACAAAGUACCCGGCCUGUAUGUCAUCGAUUCGAUAGUGCGCCAAUCGAGACACCAAUUCAGCGCAGAAAAAGAUGUUUUCGCUCCGAGGUUCUCCAAGAAUUUACAGCAGACUUUUGUCAACUUGUUUAAAUGUCCUGCAGAAGAUAAAAGCAAAAUCAUCAGAGUGUUGAACUUGUGGCAAAAAAAUCAAGUUUUUCCUCCCGAAGUGAUACAGCCGCUGUUUGAUUUUGCCGAUCCGAACAAUCCGAUACAUCAACAGUUGCAACAGCCACAGCAGACUCCGCCACCGCAAACGAAUGGUUCUCAGCAGAUUAUAAGAGGUUCGCCAGCGCUCCAAAAGACGCCGACCAAAGCAGCUCAGCCGUCGGCACCGGAACCUGCCGCUACCAAUUUGACCGAACCAGUCCUACAACAAUUGCAAUCGCUACAACGCCUGCUCACAAAAGGCACAGAGCCUAGAGCAGAACAAGUACAUUUCGAUAAGAAACUCCUCGACUUUGACUAUGGAGAAGACGAAGACGAAGUACAUCCCAGCCCUAGACCACCUCAACAAUCUGCUUCGGCUGAUCCAUUGGCUAGUCUUUUGACCAACCCUGAAGUUUUAAGACAACUUCAAACGUUACAAAACACUUUGGCCGGAGCAGUGCCUACUAGUGCCGAAUCCGAAAUGGACAGGACAAGAAAAUUGCAAGAAAUGAAACUACAAGAGGACGAAUUCGAUAAACAUUUAGCAGUAACAGUUCCAAAUUUACCGUUUGCCUCUGAAUGCGACUUCAAAAUUGCCAGCCAACCAACAAUGAUUGGCGGUCUACAGUUUAUUCCUCCCCCGGAUAGUUUGAAUCCUGUUUUCGAAAUGCCACACGACAACAACGUUUUCAAAAGUGGAAACAAUGAGGUAGAGGUUAUUAAUUUGGACCACGACGAUUCACAAUCUGAAGAUGACGAUAGAUAUAGCAAACGCAAAAGGAGUCGUUCCAGGUCUAGGGAUAGAGGUAGGGACAAUAGACGGAGAAGAUCAAGAUCCAGAUCGAGAACGCGACGUCAUAGAUCGAAAUCUAAAGAAAGGAAGGAUAAAGAUAAAAGAGAAAAGGAUACUGAAAGGGACAAGGAAAGGAAAAAGAGAGGUUUGCCCGUGAUGAAAAAAGAUCAUUUAAGUGUUUGUAGUACAACUUUAUGGGUUGGUCAUUUGUCCAAAUUAGUCCACCAAGACGAUGUAUCAAAUACUUUCGGUGAAUUUGGCGAGAUCGUCAGCAUCGACCUGAUUAUCCCGCGAGGUUGUGCUUUUAUAGUUAUGCAUAGGCGCCAAGACGCAGCGCGGUGUCUUACGAAACUAAAAAAUCAUAACCUUCACGGGAAAGCUAUAACACUUGCUUGGGCACCAGGAAAAGGUGUCAAAGGCAAAGACCUUAAAGAUUAUUGGGAAGGUGAUUUGGGUGUCUCUUACAUACCGUACAGUAAAUUAAAAGAAGAUAUGGAUUUGGAGGCUUUAGAAGAUGGAGGUAUGAUUGACGAAGAAUCUAUGCCUGAUUGGAUGAAGAAAAAAAUAAACGCCUCCAUGCAAAUAUUGGAACCGCCUCCUUUUAUGAUGGCACUUGGAGAAGCUUCAAAUCAAUCCACAAUCGACACAAGCCAACCCCCGCCAAUGUCGCAACCUUCAACCUUAAUGCAGCCACCGCCAAUGUUGCCAAUGUUCCAACUCAACAACAGAUUCCUCGGUAUGAUACCCAACAUGCCCAAUUUAGGCAAUCUUUCUUUAGGAGGGCCUCCGCCCACUAUGGCACCACCAAAUAUGCUAGGAUUAGGACUCAGUUCACCUUUUCAAGCUCCUCCUGGAUUUAUGCCAGCUUUACCUCCACCGCAUCACGAAGCCGCCAAACCCAAUCCGCCUCCGAUCGCGGACGCGAAAUUGCGCCAUUUAAGCGAGUCCUUGAUGAAUUUGGCCGGACAGCCUUUGACGAUGCCUCCGCAAGCGCUCAUGAGUCAACCUCCGCCUCCUCUCAUGGAAGACAGUAUGGACGUGGAAAUGGAGGAUGCGCAUAUGGAUUUGAACAAACCGCCGCCGAGCAUGCCUUUGAGCGAACAAUUGCAAGCCUCAAUGUCUUUUAACAGAGAUAGUAGGAGGGAUGAGCCAAGGUUUUCGCCUCCAAGGAGGGAUAGAAGGGAUAGGAGUAACGAUAGAGGACGGAGGAGAAGUAGGAGUAGAGAUAGGGACCAAAAUAGGGAUCGUGAUAGAAACAGAAGCGGCGGCAGAGAUAGAGAUCGUCGCGAUCGUGAUUUUGGACGUGGAGGACGUGAUAGAGAUAGUAGAGACAGGCGCGGUGGAGACAGAGACCGCAAUAAUAGAUGGGGAUCUAGAGAUGAACGCGACAGAAGAGAUGGUGGCUAUGACAGAUUCUCUUCGGAUCGUAGCAGAAGGGACGAUUCUUAUGACCGUGGAAGUAGAAGAGAUGCGGAUCCGAGAGAGAAAGGUGAGCGAGAGAAAUCACUCAAUGACAAGCUGAAAGAAAUGGCCGGAAUGAAAUUUGAGGGAGCCAAUGAUAAAUCUCCUAGAGGUAGACAGGCAUUGGAUAGUAAAGAUGAUGCUCCCAAAGAAAUGCUGUCUUUUGAGCCACCCAAAUUGGACGAACCUUUCAGAACGCCCUCUGAGAUAGCACGAAAUCCUAGCCCCCCGACAGAGUUCAUGAACCCAGAAAAUCCCAAUGACCCAUCGAGAAAAGAAAAUCAUCCUACCGAGAUGUCAAUGGAAAACGACAGAAAUCGGUACACCAACAAUCCUCCUCCAGUUGAUGAAACUCCUCCAGAAUUAAUGUCACAAUUCAAUGAAGAAUUCGGAUUCAACGAUCCAAGACAAUUCAACGAAGGGCCAUUUUUUGAAGGGCCUUUCGGACCAGAGCGGUUCGACGGACCAGGGCCGAGAUUUAGAGACCGAGGACCGCCUUUUGAAGACGAAGGUUUCGGUCCGUUUCCGGAUAUGAGGGAUUACGGACCUGAUUUCGGCUUUGACGGACCUCCAGAUAGGUUUAUGAGGGGCGGUAGAGGGCGUGGCCGAGGACGAGGUCGAGGUAGAGGUAGAGAAGGUCCAGGUUUCUUCCCAAAUGACGGACCACCGAUGAUGGAUGAGGGAUUCGGCCCUCCAAUGAAUGACUUUGUACCUCCAAUGAGUGACUUUGGACCUCCAAUGAGAGAUGAGUUUGGCCCUCCAAUGAGAGACGAGUUCGGCCCACCGAUGAGAGGCGAUGGCAGGGGCAUGCGUAUGCGAGGCAGAGGAUUUUUCCCUAGGGGUGGACCUAGAGGCAGAGGAGGUCCACCAUUUAGAGAUGGUCCUCCAGAUUUCUUCGACGGACCGCCAGAUUUCUUCAGAGGCGGUCCUAGAGGUAGACCGUUUGGUGAUUUCGGUAGGGGUAGAGGACGUGGUUUCCGCGGUGGACGUGGUAGACCAGACUUUUUCGAUGGCCCACCGGAGUUCUUUGACGGCCCACCGGAAUUCUUUGACGGUCCUCCAGGCGCUUUUGAAGAAGGUCCGCCACCGUUCGAGGGACCUCCGUUCGAUGAAGGUCCACCAGGCGAAGUGGUUGAGGCACGUAGAGGUCGCGGAGCUAGAAACAGGAACAGAACGUCUAGGUGGGGAGGCGAUGAGGCUGUCGAGGCUCCCGCUGAUGGUGAUGGUGAUGGUGGAGCAACUCCAUUGAGAGAUGAAAUAGACGAUCAACCUGCUGAAUCGCGAAAAUCACCGCCAGUGAUAGAUUUAGAACCCCAACAAGACGCUUGUCCUCCUCAACAGUCAGAAUCACAACUUGAAGAUUUUACUCCUCAGACAAACUUUGUUGCUCAUCAAGAAGAAAAUGUUGUUCCUCAGGAAAACGUGGCUGAAGAUUUCGCUGCACAACAAGGUGAAGAACAGGUUGCAGCUCCUCAAGAGGACUCGGCUCAGCAAGAUGCGACAGAAUAAGUAGUCAGUUAGCAAGCUGAAUAAAAGAAAAUUCAAAAAUUUCUAGACGUAGGUUAAAAAGUUAUAUGAAAAAAUUGUACUUUUUUUAAAUUGUUAUUUGUGUUUUAAUAAUUGCAUAGAAAAUUGACUAUUUAGUUGAAUUAUAUUUAUGUGAAUUGAUUAGUCAUAGCUGGCAUGUGUAAUUGAAAUUAAGGCCAGAGUAUCAAUUUAUAAAAGCUAUAGAUAUUUGUUUGUCUUUUUUUUUGAAAUUAAUUGCUAGAUUAUUUGGCAACACAGUAUUUCUUAAUUGUAUAAUUUCUGCUCAAAUGUCAUUGAAACUUUCAUUUAUUGUCGUGAAUUAUAUGUGUUGCCACUAAUUAUAAUUAUUGAUACAUGGUCGAAUGGAAUUUAUUUUGAAAAAAAAAAAUUGCCUAUUUGAUAUUCUCUUUUUCACUUUGUACAUACUUUAUAUGUGGUGCAUAAUUCUGGAAUCAGCUAAAUAUAAUAUUUAUUUACUAAGUAGGUGAGUUAGUUUACAUAUAAAUCACGCCAAUGUAAUAACUCACAUGCUUAAUACAUCGUUUUAUUCAACACUUUCAUAUAAUCGCGUGUUUGAUGAAAUAAAUAGUGAAUUAUAGCCCCUAUGACUCACUAGUGAGUUGUAGGCAACAAUAUUCAUGCACAAUUAUAGUCUCAUAUGUCAGUGUUGGAUAAAAUAAUUAGUAAUUGAUUGUUUUUAGAAAAAUGAAUAAAUUAUUUAUUAGAAAUAA